AUGGUAUAUAUACCACCUUUGAACUUUGCGCCAGUCGUAAGUACGGCAGUUUCGCUGUAUCGAUCGGGGUAUCCGAUGCCUCUAAACUAUCCAUUUAUUGCGGAUCGAUUACACUUGAAGACGGUGAUAUACGUUGGGGAUAAGGAUAUAUCCGACGACUAUAAGAACUUUUUGGACGCACAAGACAUCAAUUACGAGUUUGUCUAUGUCAAAUCGUGCCGCGACGCAAAUAUCAACGAACAAAUGGACCAAGUAUUGCUUAAGGUUCUCGACAAAAAGAACUAUCCAAUUCUGAUCCACUCUAACAAGGGUAAGCACAGGGUUGGUGUGGUGGUUGGUAUCAUUCGAAAACUGUUGCAAGGAUGGUCAACAACUGGAAUUUAUCAGGAAUAUGGAAUUUUCAGCGGUGGUCUGAAAGGAGAAGUCGACCUGGAAUUUAUCACAAUGUUUGAUACGGAGCUGGUGGUACGAAAAGACGGCGUGCCAGACUUUGUCAAGGCUCGGGAGGGGGAUGAUGGAGCAUACUAA